ACUAAGAGCUUCAAAUCAUCAUCGCCGUCCGUUGACUCCGAAAAGCUUCAGCUACGCCUCAGUUCCCAUCGAUAUUUGGGUUCUAACGACCACCAUUUUUGACCGACGUCUUGCAACGAUACGCCGAACAAGACUUUAAGCACACCACAUCAAAAUGGCGGCCGCUGCGAGAGCCCUCAACUUCAUGUACCGCAUGGCGGUCCCCGCUUCAGCUGUCGUCUUCCUAGGCAGUCAGUCUAUAUACGACGUCAAGGGAGGAACUCGGGCUGUCAUCUUUGACAGAUUAUCUGGUGUUAAGGAGACCGUCGUCAAUGAAGGAACCCAUUUCCUUGUUCCCUGGCUGCAAAAGAGCAUCAUCUUCGAUGUCCGCACCAAGCCCAGGAAUAUCGCAACAACUACCGGCAGCAAGGAUUUGCAGAUGGUUAGCUUGACACUGAGAGUGCUGCACCGACCAAAUGUCAAGGCUCUCCCCAAGAUUUACCAGAACCUCGGUGCCGAUUACGAUGAGCGAGUCCUCCCCUCUAUUGGAAACGAAGUCUUGAAGGCUAUCGUCGCCCAGUUCGAUGCCGCAGAGCUCAUCACCCAGCGAGAGGCUGUCUCUGAGCGAAUUCGAAACGACCUUACUCUUCGUGCUGCCGAGUUCAACAUCGCUCUUGAGGAUGUUUCCAUCACCCACAUGACCUUCGGUCGUGAGUUCACAAAGGCUGUCGAGCAGAAGCAGAUUGCCCAGCAAGAUGCUGAGCGAGCACGAUUCAUCGUCGAGCGUGCUGAGCAGGAGCGUCAAGCCAACGUCAUCCGCGCCGAGGGUGAGUCCGAAUCCGCCGAGGCCAUCAGCAAGGCCAUCCAGAAGGCUGGUGACGGCCUCAUUCAGAUUCGAAAGAUCGAGGCCAGUCGUGAGAUUGCUGCCACUCUUUCUUCAAACCCCAACGUCGCCUACUUGCCUGGUGGAAGCGGAAAGCAGGGCGGUCAGUACCUGCUGUCAGUGGGUAGGGCUUAAAGUAACGGACUUUGUAUGAUGUAAAGGAUGUUGAGGAAAUGACUGGGAAAUCCCCGCUUAUCGUUGGCGAUGAAAACAUUUAUUCAUGAGCGCCAACUAUGUAUUUCUAGAACGAGACCAGACGGGAGUAUCAACCCUAUCUCGCAAUGUAUAAUCGCCGGUGGCUUCACGGCUUCUCCCGUUCCAAAACGGCAUUAACUUAGCUGAACCAG